GUUAGCUGCAUGUGUGACAUAACUCCACCAGUCCUAUUUAUGAUAUCAUUCACUAAAGUUAUACCUGUGUUUUUACCGCAGUGAAGGUUUGAUUAAAUUCUAUAUAUUGGAGUUUUCCAGUAUUUUGCGUCAGUCCCCCUGGACAGUGGUUCUCUUCAGUGCUCCCUGGGGGCUGGAACUCUGUAGACAAACAUUAACAUGAACUGUUUAUUUAUGUUCUACUCCUUCCAUUUUUACUGCAUCUACCAUUUGAUCAACAUGAAAUCAUCUCUGACUCUACUGUGUCUGGUGGUAUGGGUGAAUGUGGAUGCUUCAUCAGCUCAGACUGAGCCCAAGGAUUUCUGUGGACCACCUCCACAUCUCAUGAACGGAGACACAAACGGCGGUAACAGAGAACGCUACAGAAAUGGAGAAUCAGUUCAAUAUGUCUGCCAGAACUACUACAUCCUUGAUCCCCCUUCAGCGUACAAGACGUGUCGUGAUGGGAUCUGGAUAGGAUCGAUGACCUGCCUGAAACCCUGCACUGUGGAUGAAGAGUUGAUGAACACACAGAACAUCCAAUUUAAAUAUCCUCCGGAAGAUCAAAAAGUCUAUGCCACACAUGGGGAUCAUAUCACUUUUAAGUGUACUGGUCAUCUUAGACUGAGCCCAGGUAGCGUUGAUUUGCGUCAGCAGUGUAUAAACGGGGUCAUGAUCUUGCCUCAUUGCCAAUAGUGGCUUCGUCUUACACGAAGAGAUGGCCACUGGCUUGUUGGGCAAACAUGUCAAUGAAUAACCCCUGUCAAUAGUUUGCUCAAAUUACUUUCAGAUUCAUUGUCUGAAUAAAUGUAUGGUAUUUCAUGAUUGUCCAACAUGAAAUAAAGUGCUGCUGGUUCAUAUUUA